AUUCUCUAAAAUACAGCUAAUGUAUUCAUUUCAAAUUGCGUAGUGGCUGAGACGUCGAAUUUCUGUCGAAGCGUUUUUUAAAACAUUCAGCCAAAAGAAAAAUGUCAGUGAGUGCAUCAUGUGAAUCGGUCCCCCAGGAAAAGACUCUGUCGAGCCUCCUCGCUAGCCAUGUGGUGACGAGGCAGAAGAAGGAAGAUGGUCAGCGGCUGCAGGAAGCAGCGAUCCAGUUGUUGGAGCAGCAGCAGAACCUCUGUAGUCUGCUCAGGGAGGUCGAGAGUCUAGAUCCUUGCAACAUUUCCUGCAUUCAGAAUGGAGAGCAAAAACCACCAGCAUCUGAAAGUAUCUCAUCUGACAUUGCAGGGUCACUGUUGGUGUGUGAGCUGAGGCAUCAGGCCACACAACUGGGUGUCCCGGUGGCGGUGCUGUCAGUGAAGAUGAUGCUUGAGAGACUGAUGGAGAUCACUGGAAGUGAAGAACAGGAGGAGGGCGAGGACAAGAGGAGAGAGCUGCUCACUUCCUCUCGGAGAGCCCAACUGUGUGUCCUGCUAGAGUUCAGCAAAGAACUGCUAUCACAGGGAGCCCUCUGUCCUAAAUUGCUCUGGCAGGAGUACAGGAGAAAUCAGAGGCUACCCAAGCUGGAAGUGGUGUACCAUCUUCACUUUUACAACAUCUUCACUCUGAAGUACAUUUUAGAGAGUGAUGAAGGCUUGAGAUUUUGGUUGGUGCCUCAGUUGAAGGCUCUGUGCAGUUGGACACCUCCACAGGGAGAAGAGGAGACCAAACAAGUUCAACAGAAAGUGUUGUCAAUGGUAGUUGGAGUCUUGGUGGGAUCUGGCUUUGAGCCAAGCCAUGAGCCAGCAGUCCCAGACAGAAGGAUCUCCCUGCUCUGCUGCUCAGUACUUGAUGAAAUGCUCUUCUGGCUUCUAGACACUGUGGACAAGAGCCUGACUUUGCAGUCUGCUGGAGCAGGAGCUAAGCUUUGGAUUCAGAUAUUUGAUGCUUCAUUAUGUGGAGUUUCAGCGUCGACAGAAGCGCUUCAGCGUUUCUUCACAUACUCUCUCACACAGACACUCACUUACAAGCCUCGACUAACAGUGUCAGAUGCCAUUACUCUGCAGAAUGAGUGGACUUUUGCAAAAUCCAGCUGGUUGUUGACCUCUCUAUUCCGCAAGCUGGCUUUGAUCUUCAGUGCGGAGCUGCUGCUGCGUCACCUGCAGCAGGUUUUGGAAUCCCACGAGGUCAACUGGAAACAUGUCUUGUGCUUCCUGUCCACUCUUCUGGUUUACAACCCCUGUGCUCAGCCCAGCCUCAGAGAGUUGCUGUCCAGACUGCUGAGUUCUGCAUUUGAAGGCUAUGACUUAGAGAGCAUGAUAACUGCCUUCUUGUUGGCUCGACAGGGUGCGCUGGAGGGAACCGGCAUCUUCUCCUCCUACAGUGAUUGGUUCAAGAUGUCUUUUGGUGGUGGCAGUGGCUACCAUGCAACAAGUAAGAAAUCUCUGGUGUUCCUGCUGAAGUUCCUCUCUGACCUGGUUCCUUUUGAACCCCCACAGUACCUCAAGGUUCAUAUCCUCCAUCCUCCAUAUAUACCUCCGAAACAUCACAGCCUCCUGAUGGAGUACAUCUCUCUGGCCAAGACCAGGCUAGCUGACCUCAAGGAGUCAGUGGAGCACAUGGGUUUAUAUGAGGAUAUUUCUGGUGCAAGUGGAGCACCAGUGCAGCCCCAUUGCCAGGCUGCCCAAGAUGUAGAUAAGGCAGUGUCUCUGUUCAAGAGCACAGGAAGAAUCUCUGCCACAGUCAUGGAGGCCAGUAUUUUCCGGAGGCCGUAUUUCCUGACACGAUUCCUUCCUGCUCUUCUGAUGCCAAGAGUGCUUCCUGUGAAAGCUGAUGCUCAGAUGACUUUCAUAGAGGCUCUGAAAAAAGCAGACAAGAUCCCUGCUGCCCAGUAUUCAUCUUAUAUGGAGUCUUGCCAGAGACAGAGACAGCAGGAUAGGAGUGCCGUGCGUUUAGACACCAGUGAUGAUCCUCUGGAGGUCCUGAAAGUUCAGCUGGAGGAGUUCACAGCGCUGGUUGUUGAUGGAGAUGAUGGAGAGAUGUUGGCCCAGCUGUCCAGGAUCUCACAAGCACUGAAUGUCAUCUUCCCUGGCCGUCCUGAGGAGUUUAUUGGACAAACAGUCAUCAAACUUCACAUAGACACUCUGUCCUCUGAGCUCAAUGUCAAAGUCAUCAACAUGAUCCUGAGAAACUUCUGCCAGUGCAUGUUAGACGCUUCCCGAGCAAACCCUCCUAACAAACAAAGCCUGUGGGCCUCCAGGUUUGUCAGCGUGCUGCUUGGUAACACAUAUCUGCUCUCCAACCUCAUACACAGACUCUGGGACUUAUUUCAUAACCAGGGGUCAUCGCUGAGUGCCGCCCACUUACUUGGUCUUGCAGCAUUUGUGGUCCACCUCAAUGCCUCCAUGUCCCACAGUCCUCUGAUUCAGCUGGUCCCCCCCAUUCUGCCCAAACCAGUACCUGUUGGAGAAGCUCUUAGCUCAGCGCUGGUCUGCAGCACACACACUAACAUGCUCUCCUGUGUCAGGUUGUGUGUGGCGGCUGUGUGUUAUGGGAUCUGCAGAGGGGACUCACUGCCUCAGCAACAGCAGCAGGACUACAUCCUCAGCAGCUUCUAUAAGAAGCUUCUGUACCUCAUCCCAAGACUUUUGCCUGAAGCCAGAAGGACCCCCAUCACUGCCGAUGGUCCGGUGGGUGAAUACCAGGAGACGAACCUGCCUGGCCUGUGGAGCAGUGUCACAGACACCAACAGCACCUGGAGGAGGACUGCUUGGUAUCUGUGGAGGCACACUGCUUUUCACCAGCUAGAACGCAUACCACAAUUCCAGUUGUUGUUCUCUGAAUGGCUGGCUAUCGAGCUCAGAGUGCAGAGAAGUCAAGACGCCCUGUCUGACCCAGAACGUCAGGAGUACCAGCAGUGGGCCUGUUUUGAGCUUUACUGCUCCCGUCCCGAGGAGCAAGGAGGGUGUGGAGGAGACAUGAAGAGCCUCUGUUCUCAUCUCCUCAACGCCAUCAUGGACCAGCAGUCAAGUGACCAGAGCCUGGAAAAGCUAGAUCACCGAGUGUCAGACACUGGGACCUGUCUGCCAGACAUCCUAUCCAGAUUACAGGAGCUUGUCUAUGAGAUGGAAGCGACCAACCUCUCUGGUAGCUGCAGUGGCAGAGCUGAUGUGUGUGAUUUCCUGUUCGAGUUUGUGUCUCGGAGAUGCUCCUCUACAGUGAGCUCAGUUUCACUGAGUGUCAGCUCAGAGCUCAGACUGCAACACUCACUUAACACAUGGAACAGAGUACUGCUGGCUCUCCCAGCAGUGCUGUUUGUUAAGGUAAAGGCUGAAGGAGGGAGCACGACUCUGGACUGUAACAAGCUGAUAGAACAUGUCAACCAGCAUCAGAGGAAGGUCUGUUCUCCAGCUGGCUUGCUGUCCUGCCAUAUAACAGCACACUUCCUGAGAGGUGUGUUAUGUGCCAGUGUAUGUUGCGGAUAUCCCAGGGAAGAAGUCAACAAGGUCUGGUCUGAGAUCAGUCUCCACUGUCCUCUGCUUCUAACCUCCACAUUGCACUGGUGGGAGUGUCUGUCUCCAGUGUUGCUGUCACUGUGGAGUCGUCUGUGUGAUGGAGAGCCUCUGUCAGAGCAGCUGCAGCUCCUCACUGACUGUCAGCACUGGGCAUACAGUUUAGACAAUAGCCUGCCUUCACCGCCAGUGCCUCCAGCUCCAGCUCUCCUGUUGGCUUCCAGCCUGCAUCGUGCCUGGCGAGGUCGUGGUGGCGACAACCAGGGCUUCAGUGCGGCCCUGAAAAUGCUGCGACCAGAGAGGGGCACACUAUACCAACAAGUGCUAGUUUUUCUGCUUUUCCUGUGUGUAAACGACUAUCUGUCAGCACUCCUGUAUCCUCAGGAGAAAAGUAAUCAAAAAACCAGGAGUUUAUGCACAGUACUUCUGUCUGUGUUGGUUGACUCUGCUGACUGGCUGCUCAUCUUUAAAUCAAACGAACAAGGUGUUUAUCAGUCUGUUACCAUGGUGACAUCAGAUGAGUAUACUCAACUACUGCCUUGGGCUUUCUACAGCCUGCUGCUCCAGCAGAGUGCUGAGCUCCUGCAGAGAGCUGUGCAUUGUCCAGGAUUCCUUCAUACUGCCGUCCUCUGCUACAUUGGUCUGCUGCAGCUGUUCCUGGAAGGACGCACACCGACACCAACCGCUGAACCCUCUGAAAAGCAGGUGACUGAUCCUCAGUUGGAGCCUUUCCAGAUUCUGAGCGAAACCAAGAAGUUUCUUCUGAGAGUGAUCUCACAAACAUCUCCUAUUGCUCUCUCCUCCUCCCAACUCAGACAGCUGGAGUCCGAGUGUGCAGACCUGGACCCAGAGGUGGCAGCAGCUCUCUCUGUGCACCUCAGCCCAGAGAUGGACUUCCUCUGAACAGCUGAGGACUGACAUUCAGGCAGAGAAACUGGCUAAAGUCACUAGCUUACUACAAAAUUUUCUUGGGCUUUGAUGGUGUUUCUUUGACAGUAAUGGUAACUGACUUUAAAGUAGGUACUGUAUUUGUUGUAAUGUAAUCCAACUUUACAUCUAAAAGAAACAUCUUCCUUUGUAAUAUUUAUCAAAGAGCACGGUUCAGAUUCUAUUUGUGAAGUCUAAAAAACUAUUGAUGCUCAGCUUUGUAAAAAAACAUCUACUAUUUUAUUUACCUUUUUUUGUACAUAAUGCAUACAUCAUUUACAUAUGUACAUCUGAAGCCCUUUUAGUCUUUUACAAUAAAGAGAAACUCUUAAAAAGAGUACUUAGCACUGUAAUAACUUACAAAAAACACUGACCUAAGAAAACUGAAUUACAUGUUCUUGGGAAUCAUUUUGCACAACUAUUUGCACUGUGAGGAAAAUGCACAGCACAUUCAAGUGCUUUACGUGUAUUUGGAUAACAACAUCACAUUAUAGGACUUAAAACUGCAUUUAUGUAGGUUACACAGUUGUUAAUAUAUGGCUGCUACUGUGUACUUCAGCUAUGAAGUAAAAACAUCUGUAAAGUUCCAUAUAGUCCAUAGGCAAUGUCAAAUAAUCUCU